AUUGUCAUUUUCAUUGUCAUUGUCACUUAUUCAUUUCCAUUUUCAUUUUCAUUGUCCGUUGUCAUUUUCACUAGUGUUAACAUUGACAUUGCCAUUUUCAUUCCCAUUCUUCAUUUCAUUCCCAUCCACAUUCACAUUAUCAUCAUCAAUCAAUAUUACGAUUUUUACACAAUAAAUCAUUACAAUCAUAUUGCCAUUUUUAUAAUAACUUUUCUUAUAUAUACAUUCAAUGUUGUAAGUAAUAUUUUUAUUAUCGCAGCAGCUUCUCUAUAUAUAACAUUCUUAUAUGCACUCUUAUCGUAUGAAAGCCACAGCUGUCUCUCUGCGUGUACUUGCUCAAUUUCCAGACAUUAACAAUGGCACAGAUAUUGUCAAUAAACUGGAAGUUAUUGUCGAUAGGCUGCAUUAGACAGCUGUUGCUACAGUUAUUUGUGUAUCGUACACAAUAUGGCGUUGGCUUCCAAUAAAUCAAUGCAAAAGCUAUUGGAAUUUCUUCACUUAGCUAAUGCAUUAGUUUAACUGUGAUCGCCAGAGCUUAAAGAGCUGUACAAGGAAUUUACUCAAUAUAAAAAAGAAAAAUUAAUUAUUUAUAUAAAGAGAAUUCCUUCUAAAGAUAAUGCAGAACUAUGCAAAUCUAUGGACAAUUUUAUUGUUAUUCACCUUUUAUAUUCAACGCUUUGGAACACUCGAAACGAAUGGCAAAUCACAGCCGUCUCUGACCUUGUUCAAGGAUUUGGAAGGAGAAUGCAAUACAUAUUGCUUGAAUAUCGUAAAGCCCAUAUUGCAGCAAACAAAGCAACAUCACUUCACGGAAUUACAGGACAAAAUCAAGGAGCUAGAUAGGCUGGUCAAGAUGACAGAUCAACAGGUAAAUACGGUCAAAAUAAAACUGGGAGUUUGUGAGAAUGCUACGGUCAUCAAAGAGCAUCUAUGGCGAGAUCAAUUGAACCGAAAGACCUCACAACUAAAUGAACUGCAAAAGAAAUCCGAAGCGUAUCAGGAGAGUCUUAAGAAUUCGGAGACACAAUUGACCAGUCUCCAGAACCGUAUUGGCAUCUGUGAGGAAACAGUUCGGAAUAAAGAAGUACAAUUCACGCAACUUAGGGAAUUGAACGUGUCCUGUAAUAACAGCAGCCGGAUUAAGGAUGAUCUAAUUGAGACGAACAAGGCCUUGAUCAAUCGACAUAAUGCCGCCUCAGAGGGUGAAUUGAUUAAACUGGAAUUAAAGGAUCGUCGCAUAGCUGAACUGGAGGCCAAUGUGAAAGUUAACGAAAAAAUUAUUGCCGAACAGGGAAACAAAAUUACCAAAGACGAUUUAAAGAUAAAACAAUUGAUUCACAAGCUAUUUAUAUACGAUAAACAAGUCAAGACUUGUCAUGCGACCAGCUGUCUGGGCAAAUCUACAGAUAUACAUGUGAUUAUAGUGCCCGGAGCCGAGCCUUUCCCUGUGUUCUGUGACUCGCACCUGGUCGGCUCCGGCUGGACUGUCCUAUUACGUCGUCGCGAUGGUUCGGUCAGCUUUUUUCGCAAUUGGAAUGAUUAUAGGAUUGGUUUUGGUGAUUUAAGAGGUGAAUUUUUCAUGGGCUUGCAGAAGAUAAAUUUGAUAACCUCGUCACGACGCCAUGAACUCUUGAUAUAUCUUCAAGACUUUGAUAAUCAAAUUCGUUAUGCCUACUACGAUAAUUUCAAAAUAGGCAACGAAUCCGAAGAUUUUGGAUUGCAUGUUCUGGGUCAAUACAAUGGGACGGCAGGUGAUGCGCUCUCAGCGCAAAAAUAUAUGAAAUUCUCCACACCUGAUCGCGACAAUGACCAAGCGGAAAAUAAUUGUGCACAGGAUUUCGGAUCCGGCUGGUGGUUUCGCAAAUGUUAUUAUUGUAAUUUAAAUGGAGUAUAUUUUAGUUCCAAAAGAACAAAUCAAUAUGGCAUUAAUUGGUUUGCUUGGCACAAAAAUUCAUUGCGAUUCGUUCAGAUGAUGAUAAGACCCAAACGGCGUUAACAUGUAUAUGUAAAAAAUUUAUAUUUUUAUUCGUUUAUAUCAAUGUUAUAUUAUAUCGAUUAUUUUU